AUGGAAUUUGACACCGGGAUGAACGGUUUUACAGACGAACUUCUUUCGAAGCUCAGCGCCCACGCAGAUUCGGUUCAGCGCAGAGACGUUUGGGGAAAGUACCCCAGAACGGAGCUGAAUGUUAGCCAAGGGAUCACUACCAGUGUUUCAGAAGGGCUGAGUCACUGGAAUCAGCCGCAACCGAUGGAGUCCCGCGUUUCCAACAACUAUGUUGGUUAUCCUACGGGACUUUACAACAACCCUUUAUCCCCAACGUCCAGUUUGGGCCAGGGGGUUGUUUCCCAGAACGGUCAUGGACUGACCCAGGGACUAGGUAAUGGAUUAGGCCAAGACGCAUUCACCCUCCCAUUGGAGUUACAGGGUGGAGUGUCCAAUAUUAGUAGUCGGAGGCCAAGUUAUGCUGCAGAGUUCCACAAUCGCAACACCGAACGAUUCCAAGAUCCAGUUGAUUUGAGCACCGGAUUUGGAGCUUUGAGUAUUGAGACUCCUCGUCGACUGAGUCUUUAUCCGGGACGCGAAUGGGGCGAUUUCCGACCCGAUUUCCGGCCCCACGGCCAAUCGCAACCUCAGGUGGUCAAGCUGGACAACGGAUUAUUACUUCAUGGACAAUACAUUGUGACGUCAGCGGAGUUACGGGAAAGGUUUCACGAGGUGAGACCUUACUUCGGUGAUAUCGAAAUCUCACAGAGAAUAGUAAAAGAACUGACGAAACUGGUGGACUUCGGGUUCACACAACCUGAUUUAACUGACCUGGAUCGGAUUCUGAUCUCAAGGGUUUUCUCGCUUGUUUCGCGACUCAAGGCUCGCAAUGGAGACCUUAAGUUCCAACAGAAAAACUACACUUUGAUCCUGAAUAAGAACAACAAACUGGACAUCAUCUCAAUUCCAAAGAACUCCAACUUGCAGCUAUGCAAAGAGGACUUGAUCAUAGUUGAGGGAGACAGAGGAAAAGACCUUGCAAUGGUCCUCGAGCCGACGAUUCCAGUGGAUGUGGCUAUUCUGUUCAAUUAUUUGAAAAAGAAACUCCAUCUGAAGUCGCUUGGCUAUGCGGAAACAAAUACAGGUUCCACUCCACAUCCCAACCCGAAUGCAAAUACGCAUCCGCGAAGCUCAGUCAUAAAUGAAGACGAGAAUUUUGUGACCCUUCCCAACAAACAGAUUCUCCGGUUUGUGAAGCCGUUUGAGAUUCAACAGCUAUGCUCAAAGUUCAAUGACGAGAUAGUAGCCCAUAGACUGUGUCUACAAUAUGCGGCCAAUCUAAAUCUACGACUGGAAGUGAAAAACGUGGAGUUCCAGUUUGAUAAGAAGAAGCUGAUCAUCUACUAUUACUGCUCGAAACGGCUGGAUUUCCGUGGACUCAUCAAGGAGCUUUUCAAGGUUUAUAAAACACGGAUAUGGCUGUGUGCAAUUCUUCCCUUGGAAACCGGACCGACAUUGCCAAGACCGCAGAGCUUUGAGAACAACAAGAGUCCCAUUGUCAAAGACAUAAUCCCCGAGGAGAUUGGAGCAGCUGCAGAGCUAGGGAAGAUGCAGCCGAUCUACUUUCAUGGCAAAAUUUUGUACAAUCUGGUCAAGAUGUUUGAGGGCGAGUUGCUGGACGGGACCCUAGAGGUGAGGUGA